GACUUCGUUUCAUCUGCACAUCGACGUCGAUUAAUCCAAAUCGCCUCGUCGUAUUCCUCUCUAAAUCGGACGUUACCCUCCGCCGCCGCCUCCGCCGCAACCGGCGAUUUUCGGCGCCACCUCUUCAUCAUUUCGAAUCUCACAACCGAUUUUUGUGUUCUCCACUUUUCUUUUGAUAUUCGCCGUCGGCGAUUCUGUUUCCGGUGAGUCCUCGUCAGAGGAGGAGGUGCGCACGAUUAUUAAACCGUGCUUCGUCGGUCGUCGCGGUUCCUUUCAUUCGAACAAAAUUGGCGGAACUACGUUUCGCUUCAUGUAGGUGGAAAGGUUUUGUGGAGACAGAAGAUGAUAAAAGUAGCAAGUGACAUUUAAUGGUACCUUUUUUUUUAAUUAUUAUUAUGCUUAAUCACUCUUACAGCGAGGAGAUUGAAGUAAAGAAAUUGUAAGUUAGUCAUACAUUAAAGGAUGGCUUUCUUUAGGAACUUUUUAAUUGAUACAGUCUCACAUGGUGUCAUGGAAGAUAAAGGUCAAGGACAGAAUGCUAAUAGAGUCCAUAGAUCAGUAGGUAAUGAAUGUACUGAUGCAACUUCCAGUGAGAAAGAAUUUGAUAUGAACAUGGAGGCACAGAAUGAGAGUGAUGGUGAACCAGAUGGUCCCAGUAGACUUCGAAAUGAGGCAAUAGCUGAUGAUGGAGAUGUUAUGAGAGAACCAAACUUACAGACUUCUGGUAGUAAAACAGCUACGGUCGGAAGGUGGGGUUCAACAUUUUGGAAGGAUUGCGGGCCUAUGUGCGCUCAAAAUGGUUCUGAAUCUGGGCAGGAAUCAAAAAGUGGAUCAGAUUAUAGAAAUGCAGAUGGGUCUGAAGAUAAUUCAUUGGAUGGAAGAGGGAGAAGAUUGAACUCAGAAGAUGAUGAUGGACCAAAGGAGGCAGGAGAAGAUCCAGGAGGCCAUUCUGAUGUUCCUGCUGAAGAGAUGUUGUCUGAUGAAUAUUAUGAGCAGGAUGGGGAAGAGCAGAGUGACUCGUUGCAUUACAGAGGGGUUCAUAAGCCCACUGAAUCAAAUUCAUGGCCUCAACGGAUGUCUACUACUGUAAAUAGAACUGUGCAUAGGAAAUCUAGGAUUUCAGAUGAUGCUGAAGAUAAUGACGGUGAUGAUGAUAAUGAUGAUGGUGAUGCUGACUAUGAAGAAGAGGAUGAAGCAGAUGAAGAUGAUCCUGAUGAUGCAGACUUUGAGCCUGUCACAAGUGGUCGUGCUGCUAACGAGGAUAAAGAUUGGGAAGGUGAAGGCUUGGAUGUAGAUGAUGAUAGUGAUGAAAAUUUAGAUUUCUCAGAUGAUGAUGAAUCUUUCUAUGCUAAAAAACCAAAGGGAAGGCAACGAGGUAAGGUUGGACAAAGCAUAAAAUCUACCAGAGAUCGCAAAGCAUAUGCUGCAUCUGGCCGGCAAAGAAGAGUUAAAUCAUCUUUUGAAGACAAUGAGUCAACAGCAGAGGAUUCUGACAGUGAUAGUGACGAGGAUUUCAAGAGACCAAAAAAGAGAGGUGUUCAUGUCCGUAAGAAUAAUGGUCGCUCUUCUGCAGCCACAAGUUUUUCGAUGCGCAACAGUGAGGUUCGCACUUCUAGUAGGACAGUUAGGAAGGCAUCAUAUGUUGAAAGUGAAGAAAGUGAAGAAGCUGAUGAAGGCAAGAAGAAAAAGUCCCAAAGGGAAGAAAUUGAUGAGGACGAUGGGGACUACAUUGAAAAGGUGCUUUGGCAUCAGCCGAAGGGCACGGCUGAAGAUGCUCAAAGGAAUAAUAGAUCAACAGAACCUGUUUUAAUGAGUCACUUGUUUGAUUCUGAAUUUGAUUGGAAUGAAAUGGAAUUUUUAAUAAAAUGGAAAGGGCAAUCACAUUUGCACUGUCAGUGGAAGUCUUUCACCGAGCUGCAAAAUCUCAGUGGUUUUAAGAAGGUUUUGAAUUAUACAAAGAAGAUAAUGGACUUUGUCAGGUACAGGAGGACAAUAUCAAGAGAGGAGAUUGAGGUCAAUGAUGUGAGUAAGGAGAUGGAUUUAGAUAUUAUCAAGCAAAACAGUCAGGUGGAAAGAAUAAUUUCACAUAGAAUCAGCAAAGAUAAUUCUGGCAAUGUUAUUCCAGAAUACUUGGUCAAGUGGCAAGGACUAUCUUAUGCUGAAGCGACUUGGGAAAAGGACGUCGAUAUCGCAUUUGCUCAACAUGCUAUUGAUGAGUAUAAGGCUCGUGAAGAUGCAAUGUCCGUUCAAGGAAAAAUGGUAGAUUCCCAGCGUAAGAAGAGCAAAGCAAGUUUGCGGAAGCUUGAGGAACAACCUGAAUGGUUGAAGGGUGGAAAGCUUCGCGAUUAUCAACUUGAGGGUCUGAAUUUUCUUGUUAACAGUUGGAGAAAUGAUACAAAUGUCAUUUUAGCUGAUGAAAUGGGUCUUGGCAAAACUGUUCAGUCAGUAUCAAUGCUUGGUUUUCUACAGAAUGCGCAGCAAAUCCAUGGUCCUUUUCUUGUGGUUGUACCAUUGUCUACUUUAUCAAACUGGGCCAAAGAAUUCAGGAAGUGGCUUCCUGAUAUGAAUAUUAUUGUAUAUGUUGGUACUCGUGCAAGUCGAGAGGUUUGUCAACAAUAUGAAUUUUAUAAUGAUAAAAAGGCUGGAAAACCAAUAAAAUUCAAUGCGCUGUUGACUACAUAUGAAGUGGUUUUGAAGGAUAAGGCUUUUCUAUCCAAGAUCAAAUGGAAUUAUCUGAUGGUAGAUGAGGCUCAUAGACUAAAAAAUAGUGAGGCACAGUUGUACACAACUCUUUCAGAAUUUAGCACCAAGAACAAGUUGCUUAUUACUGGUACUCCUCUGCAAAACAGUGUUGAAGAGCUAUGGGCUUUGCUCCACUUUCUUGAUCCUAACAAGUUCAAUAGCAAGGAUGAUUUUGUUCAAAACUAUAAGAAUCUGAGUUCUUUCAAUGAGAAUGAGCUUGCGAAUCUUCAUAUGGAAUUGAGGCCUCACAUACUUCGAAGAGUUAUCAAAGAUGUGGAGAAAUCAUUACCCCCCAAAAUUGAGCGUAUCCUUAGGAUUGAAAUGUCUCCUCUUCAGAAACAGUAUUAUAAGUGGAUUUUGGAACGCAACUUUCAUAAUUUGAACAAAGGAGUUCGUGGGAAUCAGGUUUCUCUUCUAAAUAUUGUGGUGGAGUUGAAGAAGUGUUGCAACCAUCCCUUCCUGUUUGAAAGUGCUGACCAUGGCUAUGGUGGGGACUCAGGAAGUAGUGACAACAGUAAACUAGAGAGAAUUGUCUUUAGCAGUGGCAAGCUUGUUAUACUUGAUAAGCUACUUGUUAAAUUGCAUGAAACCAAGCAUCGUGUUUUGAUCUUCUCGCAGAUGGUUAGGAUGUUGGAUAUACUAGCAGAGUAUAUGUCACUUCGAGGCUUUCAAUUUCAGAGGCUUGAUGGCAGUACAAAAGCUGAGCUGCGACAGCAGGCAAUGGAUCAUUUCAAUGCACCUGGUAGUGAUGAUUUUUGCUUCCUCCUUUCAACACGAGCUGGAGGUCUGGGUAUCAACCUUGCCACGGCAGACACUGUCAUAAUAUUUGAUUCAGAUUGGAAUCCUCAAAAUGACCUGCAGGCAAUGAGUAGAGCUCAUAGAAUUGGGCAACAAGAAGUUGUUAACAUAUAUAGAUUUGUGACAAGCAAAAGUGUUGAGGAAGAUAUUCUGGAACGUGCUAAGAAGAAGAUGGUUCUGGAUCACUUGGUGAUUCAAAAACUAAAUGCAGAGGGUAGACUGGAGAGGAAAGAAGCCAAAAAAGGAGGAAGCUAUUUUGACAAAAAUGAGCUGUCCGCAAUCUUACGAUUUGGAGCAGAAGAACUUUUUAAGGAAGAAAGAAAUGAUGAAGAAAGCAAGAAACGACUCUUAAGUAUGGAUAUUGAUGAGAUUCUUGAAAGAGCAGAGAAGGUUGAAGAGAAGGAAGCUGAGGGAGAACAAGGUCAUGAAUUAUUAGGUGCAUUUAAGGUUGCCAAUUUCUGCAAUGAUGAAGAUGAUGGAAGUUUCUGGAGUCGUUGGAUAAAGCCUGAUGCUGUAUUCCAAGCAGAGGAAGCUCUUGCUCCACGUUCUGCCAGGAAUAUCAAAAGCUAUGCAGAGGAUAAUCAAUCUGAAAAAUGUACUAAGAGAAAAAAGAAGGAACCUGAACCACCUGAACGAGUUCAGAAACGUCGGAAAGCAGAUUACUCAGCUCCUGCAGUACCAAUGAUUGAGGGAGCAUCUGUCCAAGUCAGAAAUUGGUCAUAUGGGAAUUUAUCUAAAAGAGAUGCACUCCGGUUUUCUCGUUCAGUUAUGAAAUAUGGGAAUGAGAACCAAAUCGACUUAAUAGUUGCUGAGGUUGGUGGUACGGUUGGAGCAGCUCCACCUGAAGCACAGACUGAACUUUUCAAUGCUCUGAUUGAUGGCUGUACGGAAGCAGUGGAACUUGGGAGCCUGGAUCUAAAGGUUGGUAUAAGUAUAACAGGGCCUUUGCUGGAUUUUUUUGGUGUCCCUGUGAAGGCAAAUGAUCUACUUAACCGUGUCCAAGAACUUCAACUCCUAGCAAAGCGCAUUAGUCGAUAUGAAGAUCCCAUUGCACAAUUCCGUGUUUUAAGUUAUCUCAAACCUGCAAACUGGUCCAAAGGUUGUGGAUGGAAUCAAAUUGAUGAUGCAAGAUUGCUUCUAGGAAUACAUUACCAUGGUUUUGGGAAUUGGGAAAAUAUUAGAUUAGAUGAAAAGCUUGGCCUUAUGAGAAAAAUUGCACCAGUAGAACUUCAACACCAUGAAACUUUCUUGCCGCGAGCUCCAAAUUUGAGAGACCGUGCUAGUGCCCUUUUGGAGCAAGAACUUGCUGUUCUUGGUGUAGAACAUGCCAAUAGCAGAGUUGCGCGGAAGCCUUCCAAGAAAGAGAGAGAGCAUAUGAUGAACAUCUCACUGUUGCGUGGACAGGAGAAGAAGAAAAAAUUGGGUUCUGUUAAUGUCCAAAUGAGAAAGGAUAGACUUCAGAAACCCCACAAGGUUGAACCUAUAAUAAAAGAGGAGGGGGAAAUGUCCGACAAUGAUGAAGUAUAUGAGCAGUUCAAGGAGGUAAAAUGGAUGGAAUGGUGUCAAGAUGUGAUGGUUGAAGAAAUGAAAACUUUGAAACGUCUUCACAGGUUGCAGACAACGAGUGCCAAUCUUCCCAAGGAAAAGGUGCUUUCAAAAAUACGCAACUAUUUACAGCUUCUUGGGCGAAGGAUAGAUCAAAUUGUGUUAGAACAUGAACAGGAACCCUAUAAGCAAGAUAGAAUGACUGUGCGACUCUGGAAAUAUGUCUCCACCUUUUCGCAUCUUUCUGGGGAGAGGCUUCAUCAAAUAUAUUCUAAACUUAAACAGGAGCAAGAAGAUGAGGCAGGGGUUGGCCCAUCUCAUGUCAAUGGGUCAGCAUCUAUUUCAUUUAGCAGAAAUGGAAACCCAUUCCCUCGCAGUACCGAGAGGCAAAGAGUAUUAAAAAAUACGACUACCUACCAAAUGCCAGAACCAGUUAAUAAUGUAGGGAAAUCUGAGGCAUGGAAACGAAGAAAACGAACUGAAAGUGAUGAUCAUUUCCUGGGUCAGCCGCCACCUCAAAGAACAAUGAGUAAUGGAAUCCGGACUACUGAUCCUAACUCACUUGGGAUCCUUGGUGCUGGACCAUUGGACAAACGCUUUGUUAGUGAGAAACCUCAUAGGACACAGCCUGGUGGGUUUCCUUCAAGACAAGGCUUCUCUUCAGGUAUAAAGUAGCCAGCUAUGUGGGAUCAGAGUGGCUGAUUACAAGAGUGUUGGCGGCUGGCUUUCACUCUGCAUUUUCACAGCUUCAGCUAUUGUAUAUUCUCUAGAAUUUUUUUUCCACCCAUUGGAAUAAGAUCUUGCAGAUCCCUUUUUGGUGUCCUGUGGUGGAUCUGAGAAACAUCCCUACACUGGAACUUACAUCCUUGAACAAGGUGGCUGAAGCAUAUGAAGAUCCGGUGCAGGAUGAAAUUGAGUCUUGCCCAAUUUUUCCUUUUGAUUUCUACCCCUCGUUGAAGAUGAGCCAAGCAAAGUGUUGACAUAGGGAAAGUCUAGAAAACAGAAACAAAUUUACCCACUCGCUAUAGACAUACUUAGGAAAGUGUACAUUGUCAGUUCUGCAAUUUUAUUGGAUUCAACUGCUCCCUCCAUAAAGUAUCUUAGUUGAUGCAGUUAGAAAUGUAUUUGAUUUUUUUGGUAAUUAUAGCUAUGAUUUUCAAGAUUUUGUAGCUCUUUCAAGGGAGUUCCAUUGGUGAAUAGUGAAUGAAAAAAAAUGAAUUCUUGGCGCUUUGCCCGGAGUUUUUUCUUCCAUUUGGUUUAAGUUUGAUGCGUUUCCAGUAAUUCAUAGAAUGCCUGUACCCAGGUGACUCUUUGGAACAUUGUUCCAGUCUCUUUAAGACUUUUGGAUUUUUUAUGAAU